AUGGGGUUUUUGGUGACAACCCUAAUUUAUGUCGUUGUCGGAAUCAUUGCAUGUCUGUUUACCCGAAUCUGCUGCAACAGAGGGCCUUCUUCUAAUCUGUUCCACCUAACAUUGAUUAUUACUGCAACAGUAUGCUGUUGGAUGAUGUGGGCCAUUGUAUAUCUUGCACAGAUGAAGCCACUCAUCGUCCCAAUUUUGAGUGAAGAGGAGUGA